AAAAGAAACAGAAGCAGAAUCAGUUCCAAACACCCCUUAAUGCCGAUAUAUAUAUUAACAUUAAUCUAACAUAACUGCACGUCCAUUCACCAAACUCCGCCGGAUCGAGCUUCUCACCUAUGCCGGUGAGAAUGUGCCUUAGCUCGGAAAUCACAACGUAACCCGUUCAGUCCUUUCCUUGUCGAGAACCUUGAAGGCGUCGCAUCGCUGGCGAUCGAACGGCUCAGGCUUCAGGUGCUUGAUCAUAAGGCCGAGGAAGCGAUUGAAAUCGAAGGGGGCGUUGAGAUUCUCAUCGGCGCUCAAACUUUCAAAACCAUCUAAAUAGGAAUAAUUUGCAUUCACGAUCUUCAACAUCUGUAACGCUAUUUGGGAUAAGAACGACACAGGAGGCUAUUUUGCUAUUCGUUCCGCUGAAUUUUUGUAAUGUCUUCGUUUAUAUCCAAGUCGAAAUUUUUUAGGCGUUUGGUUACGCGUAGGAAUCCGUUAUUAUUAGGGACGAAGUACAACAAGACCGGUUGGAAAUCAGGAAAUUCUGCUGAAGCUAGAUGCUUGAGUAGCAUUACCGGUAUUGGUUCAGGUUCUUCUGCUUAUUCACCUGUCUAUACUCCAGAGAGGGGAAUUUAUAGCAACGCCAAUGUUACUCAAAGGAGAAACUUUUUGGGAUGUGGCGAUGGAGAAGAGGGAAAUAUGCUAUCUAAAGUUUACAAUGAGAAGCGUGUUAUAGGAUACUCUCCAGAGCAAAUGUUUGCCGUGGUUGCUGCUGUGGACCUGUAUGAAGAUUUCCUUCCAUGGUGCCAAAGGUCAGAGAUAUUAAGAAGCAAACCAGAUGGAUCUUUUGACGCUGAGUUAGAGAUUGGUUUCAAAUUUCUGGUUGAAAGCUAUGUAUCCCACGUGGAAUUAAAAAAGCCGUCAUAUAUAAAGACAACUGUAUCAGAGAGUAAUCUUUUUGAUCAUUUAAUUAACAUCUGGGAGUUCAAUCCGGGGCCCAGUCCAGGGACAUGCACCCUUCAUUUCUUGGUGGACUUCAAGUUCCAGUCGCCCCUUUAUCAUCAGGUGGCAAAUAUGUUUUUUAAGGAGGUGGUCUCCCGGCUAGUUACUUCAUUCAAUGAUCGUUGCAGGUUGAUAUACGGACCUGGAGUUCCUGUAAAUGAAAAAGUUUAUGAAAGAAGGGCAUGAAGAUUUCUUUUUUCUAGUUGUAUUACAAAUUCAUUUUGUUUUGUGGUAGUUAACUGCAAUAGUCCAAUCUAGUUGGGAUGUUAUUUUGGUAAACAGGAAGAACGAAACAUGUAGCUAGAGGGUUGAUUAAAUUGGUGUUCUUAACUGUAGCCCCAAAUUCUGCUUUGUAAAACAUUUACUCAUUUUACUAAAGUAUCAAUUAUUCAAUUCUAUUGUGUUUGUACCA